AAAAGUAAAGUGUGUUAAUACACUCCCUCGGAUUCUGCUUGGAGCCGUUCAAGCGCAUUCCAGAAGUCUAUCUUCGUGUCAUCCAUUCAAAGGAAACUAAUACUCCAUUCCCUUUUUUUUAAAGCUUGCAGAUUCCUGGUUUGUUCGAUUGAGAAUAAAGGGUCUGUUCAUCAACAUGAUGAAGGUUUUCUUGGUUUCAUGGUCGAUACACUCCCUGCUGUGAUCAGUUAAAGUCAAAGUUAAUGUGUUGAAGUCAAAGCUCUCGAGAUGCGAACUACCGAGGCACCCCAGUCGUCAUCAGGCCUUCUCCAUGGGCCCUACCGUCAACAGCUUAAGAAGCAGAAAGUUGAAGAUCAAUAUUACACCAUUGCUUCCCAUGCUUCUAAAAACUUUUCGGACGAAAACAUAAACCAAACAUUGUUCCGGGCCAAUACCGGGCAGUUCUUCACUCUCAACUCAUCACCCACGAUCGACUGCGGGGUUUAUGGCUCCCCCACCACCACCCCCACCACCACAGCCAGCUUUUCCUCAAACUGGAGUGCCUUAUCAUCGGAUAAUAACACUUCUGGGUCCCCCUUAAGCGGUUCUUCCGGUGUUGUUGAUGGUGGCAAUGAGCUGACGCACAUGUUGCGCGAACUGGAGAACCGGUUGAUGGGUCCCACUUCUGAAAUGUACAAUGAUACCAGCAGUUAUUCCUUCACGUAUCUUCCGGAUUCAGAACAGUCCCUUGGUGAUGCUGUUUCAGAGACAUCUUUCUUAACCAGAUGGAAGCAGAUACGGGAGAUUGCCCCGAGUUUGGACACAAAGGAUCUUCUUAACGUCUGUGCAGAAGCGGUUGCGGAUGCUGAUGUGGCAACCGCAGAAUUUUUCAUGGGUUUGUUGGAGAAAAGGGUGUCGGUUUCCGGGGAUCCCUUCCAGAGGCUAAGUGCUUACCUGUUGGAAGGUCUUAGGGCGCGCCUAUUGUCGUCGGGCAGCACAAUCUACAAGAAGCUGAACUGCAAUGAACCUACCGGUCCCGAGCUGAUGUCAUACAUGCAGGUGUUGUACCAUCUUUGCCCUUACUACAAGUUCGCUUAUGUCACGUCCAACGUCAUCAUCGGCGAGGCGGUGGCCCACGAGGACCGAGUCCACGUCAUCGAUUUUCAAAUCGCCCAGGGAAGCCAGUGGAUAUUCUUCAUCAAGGCCCUCUCGCAACGCCCCGGCGGCCCCCCCUUCUUCCGUCUCACUGGUGUCGACGAUCCCAACUCUGCCCGGGCCCGCGGCGGGGGGCUUGCGUUGGUCGGCGAGAGGGUUGCAAAAUUUGCCGCGUCGUGCGGGGUGCCAUUCGAGUUCCACGCGGCAGCCAUCUCCGGGUCCGAGGUCGAGCCGGAGAGCCUCUGCGUGGGUCCUGGAGAGGCGUUGGCCGUGAACUUCCCGUACUUCCUGCACCACAUGCCGGACGAGGGCGUGUCUACCGUGAACCACCGGGACCGUUUGUUGCGGCUCGUGAAAGGGUUGUCCCCGAGAGUGGUCACCCUCGUGGAGCAAGAAGCCAACACCAACACUGCCCCGUUCCUCCCGAGGUUCCGGGAGACGAUGGACUACUACUCGGCAAUGUUCGAGUCGAUCGACGACGGGGCCCACCCGCGGGACGACAAGCGGCGCAUCAGCGCAGAGGAGCACUGCGUGGCGCGGGACGUGGUCAACUUGGUGGCGUGCGAGGGCGGGGACCGGGUGGAGAGGCACGAGGUGUUCGGGAAGUGGAGGAUGAGGAUGACGAUGGCCGGGUUCUCCCCUUGCCCGUUGAGCCCUUCGGUGACGGAGACCAUGGCGCAGGUUCUGCGGGAAUACAGCCCGAAUUACUGGAUGAGAGAGAGCGAGGGCGCGCUGCGUCUCGGAUGGAAGGCGAGGGCGCUUUCGACUUGUUCGGCCUGGAGAUGAUAUGAUGAAGUAUUAUUUGAAGUUUCUUCAUCCAUGAGAGAGAGAUUUUUCUUCAACUGUGUAAAAUCUGUGUAGUUAAAACCUCUUUGUUAGGGUUCUCAUAUGAACUGCAGCUGCUGGUAUUACUGUUAGUCUUCUGUUUAUAUCUCCUGGCAAGUGGUUUUUUUUUUACAUUGGGUGAUUUCGAAGAAAAUUUCAAGACCUUA